ACAACGCACCCAGGCAAAGAAGAGAGAGAGACUCUUCUUCUCCCUCUGCUUCUCUUUUCCUCCUCUGCUCUCUCUCUCUCUCUCUCUCUAUAUAUAUAUAUAUAUCAAAAUCUCCAUUUUUGUAGUUUCUGCAUCAUCAUCAUCCUCCUGCUGCUGCUGCUUCUUCUUCGUUGUUUCCAUGAUGGGUAAAGAAAGAGAAAAAGAAAGAACAGACAAGAAGAUGUUUGUUGGAGUUGUAAUGAACUGUGCUGCAGAGCUUAAGCUUCUUUUAAUUGCUCUUUUAGUUCUCUGCAGUAUAGCAACACUUCUACAGUUUCUUCCUUCUCGUUUCUCUAUAUCUACCUCUGAUCUCCGCUUUUGUAUCUCCAGAAUCACCACCACUACAACCACCACCACCACUACCACCACCUCCUCCAUUGGCCACCCAGAAACCCCAUUAAAUUCCUCUCUUGCUACCGCCCCUAACCCAUCUCCCUUAUCUGUUCAACAAGGUGAAGAAGUUCUUGAAAAUGGAGUUCUUAAGAGGAUCUUUAAUCCUUAUGGUGCUGCAGCUUAUAACUUCAUUACCAUGGGCGCUUACAGAGGUGGACUCAAUACUUUUGCCAUUAUAGGCUUGUCUUCAAAGCCUCUUCAUCUUUAUUCAAAUCCCACUUACCAAUGCGAGUGGGUUCCCCAGCCAUCCUCUUCCGACAACUCCUCCGCCGUCCCCAUCACCUCCACCGCUUACAAGAUCCUUCCUGAUUGGGGCUACGGCCGCGUUUACACUGUUGUUGUUGUGAAUUGCACGUUUUCUCAACCCAUCAACGCUAAUAAUUCAGGUGGGAAACUCUUUCUACUCGCAUCCACAUCAGGCGGUGGUGACAAAAACUUCAACAUCACAGACAGAUUUGAGGUUCUUCAUGAACAGGCUGGAAACUUAAACCUGACUCUAUUCACAUCGAAACCCAAAUACGAAUAUUUGUAUUGCGGGUCUUCUCUCUACGGUGGUUUGAGUCCACAGAGAGUCAGAGAAUGGAUUGCUUUCCAUGUGAGGCUGUUUGGUCAGAGAUCCCAUUUUGUGAUACACGAUGCAGGUGGGGUUCAUGAGGAGGUGAUGGAGGUUUUGAAGCCAUGGAUGGAUUUGGGAUAUGUGACAUUGCAGGACAUAAGAGAGCAAGAGAGAUUUGAUGGGUAUUAUCAUAAUCAAUUCAUGGUGGUUAAUGAUUGCCUGCAUAGGUACAGAUUUAUGACAAAGUGGAUGUUCUUCUUUGAUGUUGACGAGUAUAUUUAUGUUCCUCCAAAGAACACCAUCAAGUCUGUGUUGGAUUCCCUCUCGGAUUAUACUCAAUUCACUAUUGAGCAGAUGCCCAUGAGCAGCAAGCUCUGCCUCGCGGCUGAUUAUGGUAGAUAUUACAGGAAAUGGGGAUUUGAGAAGCUUGUAUAUAGAGACAUCAAGAGGGGGAUAAGGAGAGAUCGAAAAUACGCGAUCCAACCGAAAAAUGUAUUCGCGACGGGAGUGCAUAUGUCCCAGAAUCUAGCUGGGAAGUCUACACACAAGACAGAGAGCAGGAUCAAAUAUUUCCAUUACCAUGGAACUAUAGCACAAAGGCGUGAACCCUGCAGGAAAUUGCUCAAUGUGACAGAGAUAAACUUUGAAAACAACCCUUAUGUUCUGGAUACCACAAUGAGAGAUAUUGCCUGGUCUGUCAAGAAAUUUGAGCAGAAAAUGAUUGGCUCCAGGCUGCAAAACACCCGGCAAUGACAGAAUAUAUAUAUAUAUAUAUAGAUAGAUGUUCUUUUAUUUCUUUAUAGGAUGUCUUUCUCCUUUUCUUUAAUAAUCCUUCUUCUUUGUUAUUUAUAUUGAUCUUUGAAUUUAAUAUUUUUUUUUGUAUGAUAAUUUUCUCUUUUGUUUGUGAAUGAUUACAAGAAACAGAUGGUAUAUAUGCCUCUUUUGUA